AUGGAGUGUACAGAGGUCAGCGAGUUGUGUCCGGUAGAAUACACGACACUCGGCUACUACCCGAACAAGCCUCUCAACAUCUUUUGCGCCGUUGCUUUCGGCCUGGCCUUGGUAAUCCAACUGGUCAUUGGGGUCUGGAAGAAAACGUACGCAUUUACGGGCUUUAUAGUGGCCGGGUGUGCACUCGAAGUGGCUGGCUACGCCGCUCGCGUCCCCCUUAACGCCAAUCCCUGGAACUCGCAGGCCUUCCAGACGCAGAUCUGCGCAAUCGUCCUUGCCCCUACACUGACGUGUAUAUCAAUCUACCUCACGCUCAAGCACCUGACCAUCGCGCUGAACCCCUCCCUCUCGCGGCUCAGGCCAAGGCUGCUGCCCUUCAUCUUUGUGCCCGCCGACGUGAGCUGCCUCCUGGUCCAGGCCAUCGGCGGCGCGCUGGCGGCGAGCGGGGGCAGCAAGAACCGGAAGCUGGUCGACGCUGGUAACCAGGCCAUCAUCGCGGGCAUCGCGCUCCAGGUCGUGGUGCUGCUGGCCUUCGGGGCCAUGAGCCUGGACUACUGGCUCAGGGCGAGGAAGUGGGUGCGCAGCGCCGACGUCACCCCUUCGGCCCUUGCGCUCUGGAACGACAAGAAGUUCCGGACGUUCGGGUACGCUGUGUUGGGGGCGUAUAUUUGUGUACAGAUACGGUGUAUCUACCGAGUUGCUGAGAUGGCCGGCGGAUGGGGCAAUGAAAUAAUGCAGGACGAGCCAUCCUUCGCGGUUCUAGACUCCUUCAUGAUGCUUAUCUGCGUCUAUCUCUUAAGCUGCUUUCCGCCAGGAAUCUUCUUCCCGCAGAUGGCCGGGGGUUCAAAGUCAGCACGCGCCAAAACCGGAGGUCCAGAAAGCGCUGGCGAGGAGAGCCAAGCAGAGCAAGGCGGGCUGGCCGUUGACCAAGAACCCAAGGAAGGGCAUCUGUCAAAGCCAGAAUCAUAA